AACAAUAAUAUAAAAAAAUGAUGAUAAUAAUACUAAUGUUCUCCAUAUCCCUCCGUGAACACAGGUGUGAGGUUGGCUGCGAGAGAGACUGCGUCGUGGGUCCGUGGUCAGCGUGGGGCGUCUGCACCCCGACCGACUGCACUGCCUCCCCUCCUCCCGCUACGCCUGGCUUCCAGCGCCGCCGCCGGGAGAUCGUGGUGACCCCAAGCUCCGGAGGCGCCGAGUGCCCGCCGCUGGAGGAGCAGAGCGAGUGCCACGAGGCCCAGUGCCACCAGUGGGUGCUCGGGCCAUGGUCCUCGUGCGAGAUGGACAACCUGGCCCAUUCGUGCGGCCCGGGCCACCAGGCGAGGAAUGCCACUUGUCUCGACAGCGCCGGCGUGCCAGCGCCGACGGAGGAGUGCCGCGUGGAGCUGGGUCCGGCGCCGAGGGAGAGGGAGUGCCACGUGCCCUGCGCCUUCGACUGCGUGGUGGGGUCCUGGUCCGCGUGGUCGCCGUGCACACGCCCCUGCGCCAGCCAGCUCCAGGUCGGCUACACGCAGCGCAACACGUCUGUGGUGGCGCCUCCGGGUCCAGGAGGCCUUUCGUGCCCCGCCCCCGACGAGCUCACCCAAGUGGAGACGUGCCGCGUGGAGCCGUGCGGAGGGGCGGCGUGGGUGGCCGGGGACUGGCGCCCUUGCACGCUCCCCGCCCGCGCCUCCUGUGGGCCCGGGCGGCAGACACGCCCACUCCUCUGCCGCGACCACUUGAACAACACGCUCCCGGCCUACAGGUGCGGAGGUCUGACCCGCCCCAGCCUGGAGCGCGCCUGCGAGGUAUCCUGCGGCACGGCCUGCACGGUCACUUCCUGGAGCGAGUGGUCCCCGUGCCUCUCCCCCGACCCAUGCCCCAUGGAUGGAGUCCUCGUGUCCUCGGUGCAGCGGAGGUGGAGGCGUGUCCUGGUGGCCCCAAGCGACGGAGGUUCACCGUGCCCGCCCCUGGAUGAGGAGAGAGGCUGUGCCCACGCGCCCGUCACCUGCAGCGCCCACCACUGGAGAGCGGGUCCGUGGUCACGCUGUGCCCUGGCUGAUGACGUGGAGUGCGGCCUCGGCUUCAGAGUCAGGCGAGUGGAGUGUCUGGACGCUGUAGGGAACGUGGUCGAAGCAACGCACUGCCUGCUGGGGGAUAAGAUGGUGCCCGAGAGUAGUGCAGAGUGUGAAGUGUCCUGUACUACCCCUUGCGUGACCUCGAUGUGGACGCCGUGGACCUCCUGCCCCGUCCACCCGCCCUGUGGACACUUUUCCUCCAGGUCGAGGGAGCUCCUGGACGAGUCCGCCGACAACCCGCUAUGCCAGAGCCUCACCCUGGAGGAGAAGGAAGCAUGCCCGUGCCACAGCUUCUACACGAGGCACUCCGGCUCGUGGUCGUCCUGCCUGGUGGGCGCGGGUGGCGAGGACGACUCCAAAGGCACGGGCAGUGCGGGCGUGUCUCCUCUCCUGGGGGCGGACAGCGGCUGGUGCGGCGUCGGCAGGAGGCACCGCGCCCUCCUGUGUAACAGAGACGACGGGGUUCUGGCGCAUCCAAGCGCAUGCGGCCACGACGGGAUCGAGUCCGAGCCGUGCAUGGUGGAGUGCCCCUCCGACUGCCGCGUGGGGGCGUGGGGGGGGUGGAGUGCCUGCAACGCCUCGUGCGGAGCCGGGACUCAGACCAGGAGGAGGGAGGGCUGCCCCGGGAGGAGCCACCGCAGCCGCAGCCGCGAUGUGGUCCGUCGCCCCGUGGGCAACGUGGCCACCUGCCCGCAGCUGGUGGAGGAGGAGCCGUGCCUGAGGGGCGUGUCGUGCUGGCUCUACUCGUGGCACGUCGGGAACUGGACCUCGUGCGUGCCCCUGGGCCACUCCUCCUGCGGCGAGGGCGUCAGGAACCGGCCGGUGACUUGCAUUCGCUCCGGGGACAUGGCGGUGCCGGAGAGGUUCUGCCCGAGGGACACGCGCCCGACGCCGCAGGAGACGUGGUGUUACGUGGACUGCCCCAUCGACUGCGAGGUGACGCCCUGGACUCCGUGGGACGACUCCAAGUGCUCUUGUGGCGAGAACUCCGGCGAGAUGAUUCGUCACCGUUACCUGUCCGUCAACCCGAGCGAGUCAGGCCGCCCGUGCCCCGCCAACCUGCAGGAAUCACGCCCGUGCCCUGCUAUACCCUGCUACACGUGGGAGCGAGGCCCAUGGUCGCAGUGCAAGCUGGAGGCAAGUGGGCGGUCGGGAAAGAGGAAAAGUUUGGAUCCACGUACAGUGGGGCUGAUGCUUAUGUUCUCCUUCCUUCCUCCUCCUCCCCCUUCCUAUCUCCCCCUUCCUCGUGCGUUCCAGGGAGGCGAGUGCGGCCACGGCUACGUCGAGCGGAACGUGUCCUGCGUGGGUCCAGGAGGCCAGACGGUCGCCCCGCAGCUGUGCCUCGCGCUGGUCCACGUCGGGGGCCACACCUGGCCUUACCUGGCCCGGGCGCUCGAUCUCAAUACGAAGGACGGUUGCUAUGUUCCCUGCGAAGGAGACUGCGAACUGACGGAGUGGACUUCAUGGUCGCAUUGUCACCGAGAUUGCUACAGAGGCCACCAGGGCGGGACCCAAACCAGAUCCCGAGCAGUGCUGACCGAAGGAACUCCCCAGCGGGUGGACUCCAGGACCUCCUGCCCCGGCCCCCUGUGGGAGACCCGCCCCUGCCUCGCCGGCCCCUGCCUCAACUUCACGUGGGAGAUCCGCAACGGCACCGUGGAAUGCGUGCGAGGGGACGGCCUUGUUGUAACAGGAGGAUGUGAGGGAACGCCAAGGCCGUGUCUGCCAGAAUGCUCUGUCCCCGGGUCCGUCUGCUCAGGCCUCGGCGCGUGUGUCUGCCAGUCGGGGCUGAGACCGCGUUAUUCCGAGAAGCAAAGAUUUCGUCUGACUGCUUGCGUGCCUGUUCUCAACCUGACGUUCCCCCUGCCUCUCCCUCUCUCCGAAGCUAAAUACCUGCCAGAAGACAUAAAUGUGUGGAUGUUUGCCAUGGUGGGCGUCGGCAGCGCCUUCGUGGUUUUCGUUGCCAUAUCCAUGUACCUUCUGUGCCAAAGCCCCCGGGAACAGACCAGCACGCCCGUCACAUUGCGACGGCAAAAAACUCUUCGCCACCGCCCAGUAAUGCUUGGCCAGCCCCUACUCAUGUUCAUGAGAUAAUGUAGAGGCCAUUGCCCCUCAGAUCAGUCAACGCUUUUUAGGAAAAGGGAAAAAGGGGUUACAUUGAUCUAUUAAGAUUAUAUCA